AUGCCUCAAGUCAGAGUCGUUGCCGCAAUCCGACAGAUGCUCUCAGUCAGAGAGACGGGUCCCGAUAUUGAUAUCGGAGGGACUGUGUACAACGAUGAGGAGGUAUUAGAUGAAUACCUCCGAGGGCAUGAGAGAUGUUUCCGCCUCGGCCUCCGCCGCGGCCACGAGCGUGGCUAUCGCCACGGUGUGGCCGUUGGCUUUGAGCAUGGCCUUCGUCAGGGUUAUCAGAUGGGGUAUGAGGAUGGCUACAACGAUGGUGCUGCGAACGAGCGAUUAGGCUUUAGAUAUUACGGAAUCUGA